UCGGUGUCUCUGACCCCUGAAUUACCUUUGACCCAGAUUCGUGUUUUUCUUUUUCCACUGUCAGCCAUUUUUGUUACACAUUCUCGGUACACAAACUGGGCUUGCAGGAUAUCUAAGGAAGAAAUAGCCAACCCACGUCCAGUCUGAUGGUGUGGCUGGAACACAGCAUGUCCAUACACCAGGAGAUCAUCUGUGGCCUCUCGCACGAGGUUACCAUAGCAGUCCUCCCCAGACUGAACAUGGAGGAGCUGAUGUUUGAACUCAACAGAAGGAUUCAAAACCUAGACAAAGAAAACAGCAUCAAGGACAGGCUGGUCAGUAUCCUUAGGGAUGUGAUGUUGGAGGAAUAUCGUCAGGUGAAAAAGAAAUCACAAAUUAGUUCUCCAGACGAAAUGAACAUCCCAAAGGAACUUGAGCUUAAUACAGACCAGGAACAGCUGACUGGUAACAUUGACAGUGCUGUUUUGUCUACGCCUACUGUUACCUCCCUGAUACAACUGAAUACUCAUGAUCACAUUGAAGAAGAAGGCAUUACUAUGAUGUCUUUGACUGAGGAUGAAGCAGCGAAAGCUUGUCAUGAUGAGCUCAACAUUGAUUCUCCUACUUUCAGUCAGCCGGUGUUAGAUACCAUUAAUCCAAAGAGUAAUUCUUCCACAGAGAAACUUUUGGAAGGAGAUAAAACCUGUGAGGAAACGUCUUUGGCUUCUUGUGAGCUGUCCCCAGAACACAAUGAUGUACGUGAGUGGCAAUACUAUUUACCCGAGGAUGAUCAAAUCGGGCAAGUUUCACAACAGCCAAACAUGCACCAUUUUGAACGUUGUACUGAUGAGGGAUCUAGAGAGACGGGGUUCUCCAACAAUGGACAUGAACAAAGGGUAAAAGACAGUAGCGAGGAUACACCUUUGGCUCCUUAUGAACCAACUCUAGACCACAGUGAAGUACAUAUCAAGAUGGAAUGCCAUGUGUCCAAGGAUUAUCAAGUCAGGCAAAGUACUAAACCAUCCAGCUCAGAUCAUCUCGUCGACAGACAAUCAGGUUCCAUCAACAGUGGACAUGAACAAAGUAAGGACCAAAGUGACAAACACAAUGAUAUUCUGGCUUGUGAGGAGAUGUCGUCCCUUGCUCCAUUCAAUAACAUCCAAACCAAUCACAAACCCUAUGUUUGUAACGUAUGCGGAUUAAGAACAAUGUACCCACAUAAUCUAGCCAAACACAUGCAGCGCCACACAGGAGAAAAGACUUUCAUGUGCGGCGAAUGUGGUUACAGGGCGUACCACAAAUAUCGUCUUGUUGAACACAUGAGAACACACACCGGCGAGAAACCGUACAAGUGUAAUCUAUGCAGCUUCAAAGCUGCAUUUAAAGGUGGACUACGCAAGCAUAUGAAAAACCACGCCAAUGGUAAACAAAUUGAUGCGCAACCUUACAGCUGUGCAAUAUGUGACCACAGGACCUAUCGAAUGUCAGACAUGAAACGCCAUAUGAAAGCGCACACUGGUGACACUGAGGUGAAACCAUAUGAAUGUGAAGAAUGUGACUACAGGACAACCCACAAAAAACUUCUUACCAGACAUAGGAAGCGUCACACCGGUGAGAGGCCUUAUAGGACAUCUCACAAGCUCACUUCCACUUUAGGCAUGGGUGUCACACCGGUGAGAGACCCUACAAAACAGCUCACAGAUAAAGGAGGUGUCACACCAGUGAGCGACCCUACAGGACAGCUCACAAGCUUACCGUUACUCCAGGCAUAGGAAGCGUCACAACGGUGAGAGACCCUACAGGACAGAUGACAAACUCACUUCUACUUCAGACAUGGACAGUGUCACUCCAGUGAGAUACCUUACAGAUCAGCUUACUACACAUAGGAGGCAUAAUGCCAUUAGAGAUUAUGCAGUUAUCAAGAGUGUGACUGCAUCGAUGUACUUAGUACUUAAAAUUAUCUUUUAGAAAGCCUUCUUUUUAUCAUUUUGAAAGUCUAAAUGAAAAUGAUGAAAAAUGAUCAGUCAAACAUUUAGACUCUGAUACAGUAUAACAGAUCUAGAACAUCAAUGAUUUUAUUCAUUCCUGAAUGUUUCAGCAGGGCACAUCCUUCCAUGAUAUAUUGAUAUACUAGUAUCUACAAUGUAGGUAAAUGAUAGUAGUUUUUAUGCAACAUAUUCAGACAAAAUUUCACUUUAAUUUCAUUUAAUGUCAGCAUAUCCUCAUGAUUCUAGUAUAAAUAUUACAUAAGGCAGACAAGGAAAGCUGUAUUUUCUUUUAAAUCACAGGUGGAGAUUUUGCUCAACAAAAACAAAAUAUGCAGGAAUCGAAAAAAAGAAGCCCGUCUAGACUAAAACGUUUUCACAAUCUUAUAUCCAUCUUGUCUACCACUGCAUUGGUUUACUAGCACUCUAUAGGUUCAUAGCAAGUAUAGCAAAAUAUACACAGUAAAAGAUAAACAGCACUGUGAUUUUUACAACUUGUCUUCAGCAUCAAAUAAAACAUAACUUGCUAUAAAAAAGGACAAAAUAUGUACAAAAUAACAAUAAAAAAUCACAAA